UCUGCUAAAAUUCAAAUUUUUGUGUUCAUCUUUAAGUUUUAGGAUUCUCUUUUUCUUUUACAACUUUAGUUUCUUUACAAGUUUUUCCAUGGUUGAAAUGUUAAAAUUAUGUAUCGAUUACAACUUGUAAUGCACACUGUACAAGUGAUUAGAAGAAUUACAUCUCUUUGUGGUUCUAUAUCUCUCAUUUACUGCUUUACUCUCUGCUGAUCAGAUUUUUAUUCAAAAAUGAUUGUAGCGCGUAAAAAUGUCUUUUCACUCUGUCGUUUUCAAUUGUUAGGGUUUAUCAAUUCGAUUUUAAGUGCUGCAGAUAUGUUGUUAUCAACCACAAAAAAUGAACCAUCCCACUAUAUGUUAAAGAUCGAGUCGUUCUCUAUUCUUUCUGAAGCUGGAAAUAUCAAAAUUGAAUCUGAUGUUUUUGAAGCCAGUGGUCAUAAAUGGAGACUGGAUUUGUAUCCAAAUGGAAAUAAGGAGGAAAAGGGUGACAAUCACAUUUCUUUGUAUUUGAUUAUAUGCGACACUGAAAGUCUUGAAAAGGGGUGGAAAGUCCAUGUUGAUGUUAAAUUUUUUGUUUAUGAUCAUAUAGCUCACAACUAUGUUAUCUUUCAAGAUGAUGAGGGAAAUAGGACAAGUUUUCACGAGAAGCAGAUGAAAUGGGGUUUUGAGAAACUAAUAUCUUUAGAGCAUUUUAAGGAUAGUAACAAAGGGUACAUUUUCAACGAUUCAUGUAUCUUUGGAGCUGAGGUUUUUUCAGUUCCCGAGUAUACCCUGAAAGACAGAUGCUUAUCCAUGAUAAAGCCUCCAGCAACUACGAACACUUUCACAUGGAUUGUUGAUAAAUUUUCUUCUAUAAAAGACGAUUGCUUGCAUUCUGAGGUGUUCAAAGUUGGAAAAAUCAAGUGGACUUUAUCACUCUUUCCAAAAGGAAGAGGUGCAGGAGUAGGGACAAAUUUGUCAUGUUUUUUAAAAGUACAUGAAGCUAAGUCAUUUCCUGAUGAUUGGAUAGUUUAUGCAAGAUUUGAACUUCGGAUUAAAAACAAAAGUGGUUAUGCUGCAAAAGACACUGGGCAUUGGUUUUGUGAAGAGGAAGAUGAUUGGGGGUUUUCAUGUUUCAUAUUGUUGAGUGAACUUCGUGACAUGAGUAAGGGGUUUUUGAAGAAUGAUAGGCUUAUUUUUGAAGCAAAGAUUUCAGUUGUUGGAAUGCUAAAAAAUUUCAUCUGAAGCAUGUGUUUAAUUAAUGCUGUUUUUUGGCAACAUAUGUUGAUAAAUAUUUUUUUUUGUAUAGACCUAUGGUUUUUGAUGUUUGGGAUUAUGGAUGAAUGUGGUGUUCAUUUGGUAAUGGAAUGUUCUUAUUGGAA